GGAUCGAGCCCUGGGAUCUGCAUAAGCUACUGCGAACUGGUGAAUACCGUUUCAGUUGCAGGUCGCUGGCGAGAAGUCCAGCUACGGCGCCCAGAGCAAGGGGACAUUUGGGAAUGCAUUGUCUGCAAUCAAGUAUUGGUUCGAACACAGGUUCGGGGGGGAGGCAACCACAACUAAAACAAUCAAUGUUAGUCGAGGCAGACAACAAGCCAGGGGUCUGGUACAUAAACUCAGCACAAUACAGAGGUUGGAUCUUCGACGAUAAUCUGGAGAUGCCAAGAUGGAUAUGGGUCCUAAGCGAUACACCCACGCUGAAGCCAGACAUCUACCCACCUUACGACAGCCGCUGGAGACUAGCAGGGGCAAAGCGUAUGGAGGACAAAGAUGUGGGCUACAUCCACAAACCGAUGAUAGACAAGGACACAGUACUGGAUGACAAACAACGUUUGCAGACCAUGGCCAAACUGCAUAAGCUGGGGCAAGAAGCUGAAAUGGCCUUUUUAGAGAAUAAAAGAGCGAGGGAGGAGGCUGAGAAAUCAGCGGAGGUAGGCAAGGGGAGAGAGGAAGAAGAAGAAGUGGAAGGCAACAAAACCUCGAGUCAAAGUGAGGGACUGCGCGGAGAGGGGACAGGAGAGACAAGGAUCAGCAAGACAAGAGAGGAGGGGGAUUCACAGGGGGCAGUCAAAAGGAAGAUGAGUGACAGAGAAACUUCUACGGGGGGUAUUGCGAGCCACGACACAAAAAGAUCUCAUACGGGCAAGAGGGAAGAGGAAGCUUCAAUGUCGCAAGGCCAAGUCCAUGGAUCAGGCACGAGAGAAGAGGGGCAAGGGAAGGCCAAGGCACAAAGUGAGGGCAUGGAAAUAACUCCAUCGGAGGCAGAGGAUUCAUCAUCUUCUUCUUCAGACCAACAUACACGGCCAGGUUCACCAUCAGCAGGUAACAGCUCAUCAGGCAGAGCACGGAUGGACAGCGGGGAAAACGUAAUGGCAGAUCCACCGAAUGGCUCAAAAGGAGAUAUGGAUAGCGGGGAAGAUGUUAGAAUGUCACAGGACUCRGGAGAGGACUCAGGAGAAGACACAGGAGARGACACUGAAGRGGAGGAAUGGGAGGAUGCGGMGGAGGAGGAGGAACCGGAGGAGGAACCGGAAACGCUAGCCCAGUGGAUCAGAACGGUACACAAGCUGAAGUGGGAAAGACACGUCGAAUGUGAAGUACGUCUGGCGCAUCAUAAGCAUCUACGCAACCUGAAGCAGGCUACUUCAGCUGGGGAUGAUAUUACCUCAACAAACAGAUUUGAAUGGUUGAGGAAAGAGCAGGAGGUCAAUGAGUUCUACGCAUCACAGUAUGCUUGGAAGGCCCACCCAAACAGCAACGACAUUUUGAUACACAACGGGAACUACGCCAAGCACUUUAUAUGGCCCAAAACGUACCAACCUCAGGGGUUGAAAAGGUCAGAGCAAAAAAGGAAAGCGCAGCAGGAAUCAGAAAGCCCAGCUCAAGGGAUGGAGGAGAAGGAGCAGAUCGAGGAGGAGAUGAGACAAGCAGCGAUCCUAGAGGCACAAAUCAACGUCCUCAAGGACCAAAACAGGGAAUUGGAGGAGGAUACCAUCAAUCUGCUAAAAAUAGCCUACUCUCCACAAGCUGACAUAAAUGCAGCAGCCAAGCUCUUCGCAAGGCACAAUCCGGGGAGGAGAGUCAUCAUACCAUACCGCUGGAACAACGGCAACUCGGACUGGGAGGUGGCCAUACACAAGACAUUGGCUCUGAUCUCUACAAAGGAUAGUCACUGCUCGCAAGAAAGGCUCAAGGAUCAGAUCUCAGGAGAUCUCCCGGACAGAGCUCAAGUGGUAGGGAGUUUGUCCCAAAAUUGGGAGGAGUGGGAGGACACGGCAGGUGGUAAGCAAACAGUUGACUACAGGCCUAUUCUACUCAGAAUGCAAGAGAAGGCAAAGCUGGCGGAGGGAUUAAUAUGGAUGCCUUGGCAGGUGGUGGAGGCAAUACCAUAUGGACUAUUGGGGGGCACAGAGGCAGCGGAAUGGGUGGCUAGGGGAGCAGCGAUCCUAUCCAAGGCAGAUGUUUUCUCAGGGACGCCAGAGGGCAUGGACACGUUGUUAGCAGCCGUGGCGACUGAUUGGGAGUGGCCACAAGAGGGCUCAUGAAGAAAUGCUCAUUAACGGACCAUAAUCAAGGACUAUUAUAAAA